CCAGGGUCACUCACUGCCAUAUUUGUUGACACAUGCAGGAAAACACAACACAAGCAAGAUAGAGUUGCAAGCCAAGGCAAGAUUUACUCUGUCACAGGGUAGCUGAUCAUGUCUUCUCCAGAAAUUGCUUCCUUAUCCUGGGGCCACAUGAAGGUUAAAGGUUGCUCCACAUCUUAUAAAGACUGUAAAGUGUGGCCGGGUGGCAGCCGAGCCUGGGACUGGCGUGAAACUGGCACUAAUCACCAUCCUGGUGUUCAGCCAGCUGACCUGGAAGAGGUCCUGAGGAAAGGGGUGCAGACACUGGUUAUCGGAAGAGGAAUGAGUGAAGCUCUACAGGUGCCUCCCACCACCUUAGAGUAUGUGAAAAAGCAGGGCGUGGAUGUCAGGGUGUUUCAGACUGAGCAGGCUGUUAAAGAAUAUAACGGUCUGGUGGGACAGGGAGCUAAAGUCGGAGGAAUCUUCCAUUCGACCUGCUGAUUUAAUCAUUAACAUAACCAUCUCAUUAAUUGAAUGGGAUAUUAAAAUUGCCUUACACUUCAGAUGAACUUUGUUUACCUUCUAAAUGUUAAGUAAUUUGGACUUUGGGCUAUUGGAGGAAAAUGGUUUCUUUUGGUGAAAAUGUUAUUUGCUUUCAAAUCAUUAAAGAUAAUGUAAAUUUGUUGCUGUUA